UGAACGAGGGCAGCCGCGGCUCUCAGUCCCGCUCGCCGGAAUUUCCUUGGACUUGCUGCUCCCCCAAAGACGCGGGUCUUUCCUCUGCGUGAGGAUGGUGGAAGGGCCGGGCUGCACGCGGAACGGCGAGAGGCUCCGCGCUCGCGUAGCUCCAGGCCAGGUGGUGAAGAGCGUGCGCGGGACGGCGCUGUCGCCCCGCCGGCCCGGAGCCGCUGCCGUCGCUUCUUCCGCCCACUCGGCAAUUGGAAAUAAGGUUUCUUGUCAAGAUUUCUUAAGUGUGCUUAAUGGAUGUGUGUACGCUGGAGUGAAAACGCUGGGGAAAGAACUUUUCAUGUACUUUGGAGAACUAGCUUUGAGGAUUCACUUUGGCAUGAAUGGUUCUUUGUGCAUAAAUUCAGAUGCAAGCCAAAACAGAAGUGGAACACCAGCUGUCUUGGAAAUACAACUUACUGCUGAUUUGGUUUAUUUCUGUGAUACAGCUGUAGAACUUAGUAAUGCAGCUGAAAGUGAACAGAAAAUUAGAAUGCUGGAAGGCUUAGAUGUAUGCUCUCCGAAGUUUAGUUUUUCAAGAGCAGAAAGUGAGAUCAAGAAGCAGAAGGGCCGCCUGUUAUGUGAUGUGUUGCUCGAUCAAACAGUUCUACCUGGAGUGGGAAACAUAAUAAAGAAUGAAGCUCUUUUUGACAGUGGUCUCCAUCCAGGUGUUAGAGCUUGCCAAUUAACAGAUGAGCAGAUCCGUCACUUGGUGAAAAUGAUUCGAGAUUUCACUCUCCUCUUCUAUAGGUGUUGUAAGACAGGAUCGGCCUUAUACAAGCAUUACAAAGUAUACAAGCGCCCCAGCUGCGGGCAAUGUAGGGCAAAGAUUACAGUGUGCCGUUUAGGAGAGAAUAGCAGGAUGACAUACUUCUGCCCCCGGUGUCAAAAAGACAAACCUCAGCUUGUGGAUCUUGGCAAACUGCCAACAAGAAAUAGUUUAAUUGGCUGGGCGUACAGCAGGGGGUCAUGUUCUAAUGAACAAGUUGCUCGAAAAUCGGAAGAGGAGUGGGGUUGUGCCUGUUGCACUCUGAUAAAUAAGCCUUCUGUCAAAAUCUGUGAUGUUUGCUUGACUCCAAGGCCUGAAGUUCAAAAGAGACAGGAUGAUGAAGCUUUAACUGAUUUGGUUAAAUACCCCUAUAACAACUUUGCAAAACCAAGAACAGAAAUUAAGAUCAACAGGAAAACAGCAUUUGGGACAACUACGCUGGUUAUGACAGAUUUCGCUCUUCUAAACCAUAAUGGAAGUGAGAGCCUAAGUCCAGAUGGAAGCUCUCUGCAUGGCUCUUCAAGAAAUGAUCAUAACAGCACCUACCACUCUGCAGUAAGCACACCAAUACCCUUUCCCCAUCGAUACAAUUCUUUAAAGCCAGUGGUGAAGAAACAGAAGAUUGAUUACUCGUCUUCAUCUGUUGGGACUAUCAUUGGGAAUUUAACAAGCAGAGCAUCUCCAGUUAAUAUGACAGAUGGUUCUUGUACAUUAAACGCUGGCAACCCUCGCUGCAGUAAACACGGCCGCUUCUGCAUUCUCCGAGUGGUGAGGAAGGACGGGGAAAACAAGGGCAGGCAAUUUUACGCUUGUCCUUUACCUAGAGAGGCUCGGUGUGAUUAUUUUGAAUGGGCAGACCUGCAUUUUCCAUUCUGCAAUCAUGGGAAGCGCUGCAUUAUGAGGACAGUGUUGAAGAUUGGCCCUAAUAAUGGAAAGAAUUUCUUUGUGUGCCCUCUUGGGAAGGAUAAACAGUGUGACUUCUUUCAGUGGGCAGAAAAUGGUCCAGGAAUGAAGAUUAUCCCAGGAUGCUGAGCUAUUCAUCUCCAAUGCACCAUUUGACAUUAAUCUUCUCAAACUGUGUAUUCUAUACUUCUCUAGGAGACAUUUUAGGAGGGGCAGGAUCAAAUGACACUUUCUGAUUUCAAAUCUUAUCUAGAUUAUAUAUUUGAACAUUACUUCUUCCAUCCCGACAACUGUUUGUACUAUUUUCUGUUCAUUACUUCUUGUUUAUUUUAUUUAGCUGCAGAAACUCUCCGAAAUGCAUUGUGUGUGCCUACGCUUGACUCGCUUGGCUUGCAAUGUACUGUAAUUUAUCAGUAGACAUAUAUAUUUUAGUUAAGCGUUUGUCUGUG